UUACUGAAUUUUAAAUAUUUUGAUAUAUUAACAGUUAUUUUAUAUUUUGAUAUAUUAUCAGUAUUUUAUAUUUUGAUAUAUUUUCAAGUAUUUUAUAUUUUGAUAUAUUUUCAGUUAUUUUAUGUUUUGAUAUGUUUUCAGUUAUUUUAUAUUUUGAUAUGUUUUCAGUUAUUUUAUAUUUUGAUAUGUUUUCAAUUAUUUUAUAUUUUGAUAUGUUUUCAGUUAUUUUAUAUUUUGAUAUAUUUUCAGUAA